AUGGCACGGCUCAACACAACGAAUCCGUUGUCCACUCAACGGCCGCCUCAAAAGGCGGACUUGCCUCGACGAACUACUCCCUCGCAUUCGAUCUCGAUGAGCAGUGAAAAGAAAAUUGGGGCUCCCUUAGCCAAAGACCCAACGCGAAAACAGAAAAAGGAAUCGGGCUUUCAUUUCAAUGUCUUUGCAGACGAUGACCAAUCCCUAACGUGCGGAGAUCUGGAGGAGGAUUUGAGCUCGUUAUCUAUAUCUCCCACCAAACAGAAGAAAAUAAGAACUCUCAAGACCGCCAAAGCGAACUCUCUACUCCUCCCUAUGCAGCACAGACCCCGUCAGAGACCGAACAUUAAGGUGGAGACAGAUGACUAUGAGAAGGAGAAUGAUCUAUCAGAAUAUGGAACAGACUCCUAUUCGAGAGGAGGAAGCCCUGUUCCACAUAGAUCGCCAAUCAGACGAAACACUACCCGAACUCCUGCUAUAAGCCGUACCCCGAGUGUACCUUCCAGAGAACCGAGCCCUGCAUCCGAAGAAGAAGAUGCGGGAGACAGUAGCUUCAAUUCUUUGGACGAUUUUGUUGUUAGUGACGAUGAUGAAGUCAGCUGUCAUGAAACGUCCGACUCUGAGCCAGAAGUUGAGCCGGAGGUUCAACCAAAGUCGAUAUCACCACCCCCUCCACCAUCCACUCGCAAGCGGCUUAUGAGAGGUCGACGACCGAACUCAUACAAUGAAGGAACACACAAGGAAUCUUCUCCUCUCGCUGAAGCUACGCUACCAAGUUAUCUGAAGGUUUCUCCAAGUCCAGACCAGCAGAUCCAAGAAGACCUUCGUCUUUCUACAACGCUCGAAGAUCUCAGCAUUCAAGACCUGCAUAAAACAUGCCCCACAUGCCCCGAUGAUGAAACUCGUGGUGAUUCGCCAGUGAUCGACCUAGCAUCAACCCCGUCAACUCCCCAAACGCCGAAAAAGACCCCUCCACGAAACCGAAGCCUCACUUCCAGCACGAAGAAGAACAGGAUACCACCAACACCCCAUCGUGAAAGUACUGAGGCUUUCUGGAACCAGACCGUCACCAAUGACUGGGUCGAUGUGCAUUCACCCCAGAAGCCAAAGCACAAAAACCCCGAGAGCACAAUGAUUGAGCUUUUACAGGACUUUGACGAUUCAGAGGAUGAUUCUUCACUCAAGAGCAAAGAUUCAACAAGUCGAGAGGUCAGCCCUACGCCUGAAAAUGAAUCGCUGGGCGAGGCAAACACGACUAAAUCAAACAAGACAAGCACGAAGAAGGCCGAGGCCGAGGGACGCAAAGCGGAGACUGCACAGCGUAAAGCAGAGAAGGCUCGCCUGGAGGCAUUUGACGCCGUGAAAGAUGACCUGGCUAACAAGUUCAUCCGCGAGUUGGACACAAUCGUCAAUGGUGGGAAAAUCCUCGAAAUGACCGCACCGACUGGUGGCCUUGAAAUCAGAUGGUCAAAGUACCUGCAGACAACUGCUGGACGGGCGUCAUACAAGCCCAGCUAUGCUAGGUUAUCCAGCGGACAGAUGGAUCGAAGUCACGUUGCUCGACACACAGCAUUUAUUGAGCUUGGCUCGCGUAUCAUUCAGGAUGAAGACCGACUCGUGAAUACCCUUGCCCACGAGUACUGCCAUCUCGCAAACUAUAUGAUAACUGGAAUGCUGAACAACCCUCACGGUGCUGAUUUCAAGAAAUGGGGCAAAACCGUCGAAGACGCCAUGGCAGAUCACCCGAAGUAUGGUGGUAAGAUUACUGUGAAGACAACUCAUUCGUACAAAAUAGCAUUCAAAUACGAAUGGAAGUGUGAGGGCUGUGGGCAUAUCUUUGGUCGUCACUCCAAGAGCAUUGAUCCCACAAUGAAGGUUUGUCGCUGCCGAGGCCGACUCCAGCAAAUCAAGCCAAAGCCUCGCAAUGUCUCGCCUAAGAAGAAAGUAGCACAGCCCGGGUCGGUUCCUCUGCCUCAGAUGGAGAGAGUAGUGAUUGACCUUGAACAAAUGGUACUGUAA